AAGAUAGCUAUUUGUGAGCAAAAAUAGCUGUAAACUAAAGUGCCGUGGUUCAUCACUCUUGCUUCAAAGCAGGAUUUGAUUCUCUUUUAGAAGUCUUUAAUUUCAGAAAAUUUUUGGACGUUAAAUUAUGCACUUGACCUUUUUACCUCGUUGCGCCCGAGGGAGCAAGAUGGGUCACCAGCAGCUCUACUGGAGCCAUCCAAGAAAAUUCGGCCAGGGUUCUCGUUCUUGCCACGUCUGCUCAAACCGGCACGGGCUGAUCCGGAAAUACGGCCUCAAUAUGUGUCGCCAAUGUUUCCGUCAGUACGCGAAGGAUAUAGGCUUCAUUAAGUUGGACUAAGUGAACUUCCAUGAGUGAAUCAUGCAAGCUAACUACCUUAUA